UUCAAACUGCAACGGCGAUUAACUACAUUUUUAAAACAUCAGUUAUGAAAUUGUUUGUUUAUUUGUUCUUACCUAAACCUUACAAAUAGUGAAAGUGAGGGAUUAAUGAAAUCCUAGUGAUAUAAAUUGUUCUUCAACAUGUUACAGAAAUGGAAAGACAUACUCACAAACUGGAUAAACUGCUACUUCAGCGAUUCCGAUUCAAGAGAGGAGCGUGUAACUGCAGAAUCGUUGCUCAACAUCAUAUCGCAUUUACGCGAAAACCUGAAUUUGGACGAAUCAAAGUCUUCGAUACUCGAAGCGCAUACGAUCGAGGAGUUUGUGCGGGAGAAAUACCCUGAUUUUCAGUUCAACAGUGGUACUGUAGAAGCUUCGAAUGAGGACGAGCUGUGCUUGACCGCGUCUCUGCUCCUGUACUUUGUAUGUGUGAACUCUAAGGACGUGAACAUAAAGCACGCUAUGUGCAGCCAACUGGGCAGCGAAGAUCAGGAGGUCAUACUGAAGUUCAGUAAAUGUUUGAUGGAGUGUGGUCCAGUAACAUACAAAGAUGUCCAAGCAGCUAUUACAGAAGCCUGCGGUCAAGACCUGGCAGCUACUGGUCCGAGCGGAUCACGAAUGGUGUCCGAGACACCUCCAGCGCUUCGUUCCCUUCACGGAGAAGUGCGUCGUCUGCAAGCUGCAUUGGACGCCGAGCGGUUUGACCGCAACUACCUUCAAGAAGAACUGGCUCGGACUAACUUAAGGGUGGAGACUUUAGUAAAAGACAAAGAACAAUACAAGCUGGAGAUAGUGAACCUCAAAUCGAAGAUAUCCUUAUGCUGUGGGCAAGAAUCAGACGCUCGAGGCGGUGACGCGGGCUCCGACGGCGUCUCCAAGCUGACUCGCCAGCUUGAGGAGAUGGAGGAGCGAUUGGUGUAUACUCAAGGGCAGCUGGAUGACGCGCAGUACGAAAGGGACGCUUAUAAAGCCAAGAUUAACGAACUCAAACAAGAGCGCGACAAGUGGCUGUCUGUAAGCCAGCUGGAGAGCGCCCGAGCCAGCCAGCUGUGCGACGAGCUGGAGGCCGAACGGGGCCGCGCGCAGUCGCUGCGGGAACUGUUGGCCGAGCUGAAGGAGCAUCAGCAGCUCAACCGGCUAGAUUCCAGCCAGCUGGAGUGCGACGACCCGGAUGCCAGUAUGCACUCGCUGCACCACAAUUUGUCUGUUUGUAGCGAAGCAUGCGCUAACGUAGUGGAGGUACAACUCGGCGAAGAAAGAGCCAAAAUUGUGGUGCUCAAACAACAAAUACAACAUUUGCAGGACCAACUAAACGAUUUGGCACAGAAAACCGAAUCCGAAAAACAAUCCCUAGAAAGAGUGCUCUCUGAAAGAGAAAACGACAUCUUCAAUUUAAAACACAGAAUCAACGAAGAGAUAGAAGAGAAAAAUAACAUGUCCAUACAUUACAGUAUUGAAAUGACAAAAUUAAAUAACGACAUAAACGAAUUGGAACAAAAACUGAAGGAUAAUAACAAUCAAUCUCGAGUAAUAGUCGAAACUAAAAUGCAGGAGAUACAAACACUUCAAGAAGAGAAACUUUCUCUCUUACAAAGUCUGAACGAUGAAACUACCAAGUUGGAAAAUGUUAUUACAAAUCUCAAAUCUGAAUUAGACGCGGAAAAGGCUUCAAAAGCAAAAAUGAGAGAAGAGUAUGACAAUCACAUCAUGAAGUUAAAUGAAAAAGUUCUCAAUAGAAAUAAUGAAUUGGUUGAACUGCAAAACGAUGUGUUUGAGAAGAGCGACAGAAUUGAAGCUCUGCAUUUAGAGCUGAGAAAAGAGAAACAAGCAAGAGAGCAAGUCCUCGCGAAGUAUAACAAUGAAUGUGAGCAAAUGAAUGAAAAACUUUUUGAUACAGAAAAUGCAUUGAAGCUGAAAUGUGAAGAAAUUGAACGGUUGACAGACAGGCUGAAUUAUAGUUUCGACUUUAUCAGGGAAAUGGGUCGUGAGGUUGAUGAGUUGAAGCAUGCCGUGUCUGAGCAAACUGAAAAUUGCACUGUUCUUACGAACGACAUUAACCUUAUGACCGUUGAAAACGAGUCGCUGUACAGUUCCUUGCAAGAAACCAAAGUGGCUCACGAGGAAAUUGAAAUGGAAAGAAAUUCGCUACUCAAUUCAAUUGCAGUACUGAAACAACAAAACAAAAAACAAAUUUCGGAAUGGAAGGACAAACAAGAGGAAUUGGACAGGGUGAAAUUAGAAUUGACAGUUGUGAAGACGCAAAAAGAGAAAAAUGAAGAAGCCAAUGCGCAAUUAUCUGCCAUUCUGUUGAAUAGCGUAGAUAAAGUAUUGGACAAAUUAAGGAAAGAUAACAUCUCUAAUGAAGUUUUGAACCAGUUACUCCAUGUUGAUAGCACCAACUUAAUGUCCAUGGAAGAGAAGUGUGAUCUCAUCGUGAAGAUGGCUGAUACUCUGACAAGUCAGCGUCUGGGAGGCGUGGAUGGAGAGGAAUAUCUCAUGGAGCCACUCAAAGAUCUGGUUGCAGAGCUACGAUGUCAACACCCUUCUAUGGACAGCCAGUUGAAUGCCGAUGGGGCAGAAACCAGCAUGACGUCGUUACCCUAUAACUUAUGUAAGACCCUAUGA